UAUUCUUUUUUGAUAUUUUCAGCAAACACAAUGAGCAACGUCUUCUUUAGCACGCUGCUGCCAAUUCUCUGCAUCAUCAUCACAGUGAUCUUGCAGCUCAGUUCCUUACCAGGCAUUCUGGCCAUCCAACGCGCGAAAUCGCUCGGAGGCUUCAGCCCACUCGUUUACCCAUUCUUACUUGCAAACUGCAUCGGAUGGACAGUUUAUGGCAUUAUGAUUAACGACAUGGCGGUAUUUAGUCCGAAUGCGUUCGGGUGCCUGAUGACUUCGUACUACCUGCUGGUCUGCAUCGAGCUGGCGAGCGAGCGGACUGCCAUGAUCAUGCGGCGUUGCGCGUUUGGCCUGACAAUCUACAUGCUGGUCGCGUUUUACGUCACGUCCUUUCACGUUCCCUCGCAAGAUGACAAGCAGCUCGUGAUCGGGUUGGUGACGAACAUUGUCCUGUUCUGCUUCUUUGCCGCCCCAUUGAUGUCGAUGCGCCAAAUUCUGCAGACUAAGCGAGCAAAUUCCAUCUCUGUACCACUCAACUGCACGACCCUGAUCACUUGCGCCGUGUGGGUGGUGUACGGCAUCGACCGCGACGAUGUGUUCAUCUACGUGCCGAACGGCGUCGGCUUUCUCCUGAAUUUCACCCAGCUAGUCCUGGUGAUUGUCUUUGAAGGCGUCGGCGCUCUCAUGUGCUGGAAGCGCAGCACUGUUCGGCCUGCAGAUGCCACGGAUCUUGAGCUAAUCAGUGAGAAUGUGGAUGCUCACAAGCAAGAGUUUUCGACCGCCGUGCAGGUGGAGGUGCUUGCUCAUCCCGCGGCCCUCUCCGAGCCCAGCACAUCGUCUGUUUCGUUAUUGCACAACGAGGCCAGUGACAGCGACGAAGAUCGUCAAUAGCCUGCCCUUUUUUGCUUUUUGUUUGUUUCGAUUGUUGCGUUGAUUGAGCUUUGUUAGACAACUUUGUAAUCUGAUACCCGUUCACUAUUCCUUGCAUCGAUGAUACUGUGUAUAUUCUAUGACAGUAUAUGCCAC